AUGGAGGAGGAGAUCAAAGACAGGAAGAAGAAGAAGAAGAAGAAGGGCGUGGCCGAGGAGGAGGAGGCGCCGGACGAGAGCGUGCUGGACUGGUGGUCCAAGUACUUCGCCUCCAUCGAGACUCUGCAGGAGAAGCUGAAGGUUCAGGAGGCUGCUCAGGCCGAGGCCGAGGAGAAGGAGGACCUGGAGAUCCUGGUGGAGACCGGAGAGCUCAGAGCAGACGUUCUUCUUAAAGGGCCCAAACUCAGAGAAAAGAGAGACAGAAGGUUCACGAGGGACAAGCGGAGGACCAGGGACACUGUGGACGGGACCGAGAAGAGACCUCUGAGGCCCAGGGUGGACGAGCUCAUGGUGUACCCUCAGGAGUUGGAGGCAGACUUCUCAGACUUCGAGGACUGGCUUCACACGUUUCAUUUGUUCAGAGGAAAAACAGGCGACGACGACGAGCACGCUCAGGAAGAAGAGCGCAUCGUCGGGAGGUUCAAGGGCUCCUUGUGCAUGUACAAAGUCCCUCUAUCCGAUGACAUCACCAAAGAAACAGGAAACGACCCAAAUAUGGGCAUGUUCCAGAGCAUCCCCCACAACGACCCAAUUAAAGUCCUGGUCCGAGUCUACGUAGUCCGGGCCACAGACCUACAUCCCGCUGACAUCAACGGUAAAGCUGAUCCAUACGUGGUCAUUAAACUGGGGAAGACCGAGAUCAGAGACAAAGAGAACUACAUCUCCAAACAACUGAACCCUGUGUUCGGGAAGUCCUUCGACAUUGAGGCCACAUUCCCCAUGGAGUCGAUGCUCACGGUCUCGGUCUACGACUGGGACUUGGUUGGAGCUGAUGAUCUGAUCGGAGAGACCCGCAUAGACCUGGAGAACCGCUACUACAGCAAAGCACCUCCUCAGACCUCCUCCUCAGAGCACCUCCUCAGACCUCCUCCUCAGACCACCUCCUCAGACCACCUCCUCAGACCGCCUCCUCAGACCAUCUCCUCAGACCUCCUCCUCAGACCACCUCCUCAGAGCACCUCCUCAGACCUCCUCCUCAGACCACCUCCUCAGACCUCCUCCUCAGAGCACCUCCUCAGACCACCUCCUCAAACCUCCUCCUCAGACCUCCUCCUCAGACCACCUCCUCAGACCACCUCCUCAGACCCCCUCCUCAGACCUCCUCCUCAGAGCACCUCCUCAGAGCACCUCCUCAGACCACCUCCUCAAACCUCCUCCUCAGACCUCCUCCUCAGACCACCUCCUCAGACCACCUCCUCAGACCCCCUCCUCAGACCUCCUCCUCAGAGCACCUCCUCAGAGCACCUCCUCAGACCACCUCCUCAGACCACCUCCUCAGACCUCCUCCUCAGACCACCACAUUUUAUAUUAUAA